AUGGUAAUGAUCGCCAAAAACCAAUCAUUACCGACGCAAUACGCCACUUCUAUUUUCCUCGGUUCAUAUCUAUCUAUCUAUCUAUCUAUCUAUCUAUCUAUCUAUCUAUCUAUCUAUCUAUCUACAUAUUUCAUUCUAUUCAAAUCUAUCUCAUUCUGUUCACUUUCUUUCUUUCUAAUUCUAUUAAUGCCUUUCUCAUUAAGUUCAUUAUCUAUCUAUCUAUCUAUCUAUCUAUCUAUCUAUCUAUCUAUCUAUUUUUAUCAUUUAAACAUCGUUCCUAUCUAUCUAUCUAUCUAUCUAUCUAUCUAUCUAUCUAUCUAUCUAUCUAUCUAUCUAAUUCAUACCCAGUCUGUUCCUAUCUAUCUAUCUAUCUAUCUAUCUAUCUAUCUAUCUAUCUAUCUAUCUAAUUCAUACCCAAGUCUGUAUCUAUCUAUCUAUCUAUCUAUCUAUCUAUCUAUCUAUCUAAUUCAUACCCAAGUCUCUAUCUAUCUAUCUAUCUAUCUAUCUAUCUAUCUAUCUAUCUAUCUAUCUAAUUCAUACCCAGUCUGUUCCUAUCUAUCUAUCUAUCUAUCUAUCUAUCUAUCUAAUUCAUACCCAAGUCUGUAUCUAUCUAUCUAUCUAUCUAUCUAUCUAUCUAUCUAUCUAUCUAUUAACUACAUGAUUGAUACGUGUAUGAAAAUGAACAAAUGUAUAUUACAUCUAUCUAUCUAUCUAUCUAUCUAUCUAUCUAUCUAUCUAUCUAUCUAUCUAUAUAGUAAAAUCUAUCUAUAUAUAUUCAGAUCUAUCUAUCUAUCUAUCUAUCUAUCUAUCUAUCUAUAUAGUAAAAUCUAUCUAUAUAUAUUCAGAUCUAUCUAUCUAUCUAUCUAUCUAUCUAUCUAUCACAAUCUAUCUAUCUAUCUAUCUAUCUAUCUAUCUAUCUAUCUAUCUAUCUAUCUAUCCAGUCUCUCUAUUAAGAUCUAUCUAUUCAAAUUUAUCUAUCUAUUUAUAUCAGUUUGUAUCUAUCUAUCUAUUGCGCUUUCCUGUUUUCUUGUUAACCUGCGUUUGUUCUAUUUUAUUCUUUCUUCCUUUUUGUAUUUCUUCCUUUCUUUUUGCCUUCCUGUCAACCUUUCUUUGUUUCUUUCUUCCUUCUGCUUUCCUGUCAAACUUCUUUCUCUUGCUUUUUCUUUCUUUCUUUCUUUCUUUCUUUCUUUCUUUCUUUCUUUCUUUCUUUCUUUCUGCCUUCCUGCCAACCUUUAUAUUUUAAUGUCUACAAUUUGUAAUUCGCCUGUUGGGCUGUUUACAUUCCAAACAACCAACUAUCUAUCUAUCUAUCUAUCUAUCUAUCUAUCUAUCUAUCUAUCUAUCUAUCUAUCUAUCUAUAUCAAGUUAGUAAUCAGCUGCAGUGAAAAGACAAUAUCUAUCUAUCUAUCUAUCUAUCUAUCUAUCUAUCUAUCUAUCUAUCUAUCUAAAUCAAUGAAAAGACAAAUAUCUAUCUAUCUAUCUAUCUAUCUAUCUAUCCAAAUCAGCUGUCUUCUUGCAAUUGAUGUUUCGUCCUUUCUUCUCGCUUUCUUUUACUUCGAUCUAUCUAUCUAUCUAUCUAUCUAUCUAUCUAUCUAUCUAUCUAUCUAUCUAUCUAUCUAUCUAAAUCAGCUGCGCUAUCUAUCUAUCUAUCUAUCUAUCUAUCUAUCCAAAUCAGCUGCACUAUCUAUCUAUCUAUCUAUCUAUCUAUCUAUCUAUCUAUCUAUCUAUCCAAAUCAGCUGCACUGUAAAGAUACUAUAAAUCUAUCUCAAUCUGUUCAGAUCUAUCUAUCUAUCUAUCUAUCUAUCUAUCUAUCUAUCUAUCUAUCUAUCUAUCUCAAUUUUCCAGAUCUACCUCUCUAA